AGCGUGUGUUCGAGACUACGACUAGUCUGCCGCACUUCCGGCCAGAUCGCCGGAUAUCCGCUGAGUGACCCUUACGAGUCCUUCUUGAUCCUGAAGUGGAAUAGGUGCCACUGUUACUGUUUGUGUUGAAUCCACAAUCGUAGCCGGACAUGGGGCUGGAGGAUGAGCGAAUGAUGUUGACCGGGUCCGGAGAUCCCAAGAAGGAGGAAGAGGAGGAGGAGGAAUUAGUGAUAGGACUGAGGCUUUCAGUGCAUACUGGCAACCUUGGAAGGCAGGAAUGUGAAACAUUUCCCUACUACUUAGCAUCAGAAUUGAAUGGGAGACCCCAUUCUGCCAUUUCUGGCGGCAGUGUGGCUCUGCCAGCUGGCCUUCUGCACGGAUCCCCUGACAACAGUGAGAGAGCAAUGCGAGCAGACGGAGAAAUGUGUAAAGGCUCGGGAACGGCUAGAGCUCUGUGAUGAGCGUGUGUCCUCCAGGUCACACACAGAGGAGGAUUGCACGGAGGAGCUCUUUGACUUUUUGCAUGCAAGGGACCACUGUGUGGCCCACAAACUCUUUAACAGCUUGAAAUAAAGGUGCAGACUCAUUCACCCCAGCCGUCACCUGGGCAUCAGGGUAUUUCCUCAUGGUUUUGAAACAUGCCAUUUGUUUCUUACUUGUAUAACUGUCAGUUCAUGUGAACCUAAUGAAUUUUGGCUGAGGCAAGUAGCUUCUAUGUAAUUAGCAGUGAUUCCAUCUUAAUAAAGACCCAGUGAUCUCCAGA